CUAUUCUGACACUACUGUAUAGAACGAUUUAUAGGUAUAAAUUAUAUGAGUAAAAUUGGCGAUCACAUAAUUUAACAAACCAGUAAUGUUUGACUGUUAUGUGUCGAUUGAAAAUUGUACCAUAUCUUAAAGCAUUCCACCCUUUAUUUUAAUUUAAAUUCAAAAUAAUCAUUGUAAGAAGAGCCAAAACGAUAAAUAAUAAACGAGUGGAAUAUCUCUAUAACCACAAUAACUAUAAUCGUUGAUUAAAUUUAAAAAAAAAUUUUAUUGACAUACUCUCAAAUAUACCUAUAAAAAACCUAUAUGAUUACAAUAUAAUGUGUAACUCUAUUGCUUUUAUAAUUAAAGCCACUCUUAAUUCUUACUUAUUUUUUGGAAGUGGAAUAUGCAUUAAAAUGGAGUACAAAAAAAAUGUGUGUUUACAUAAAAUCUACUAUGGCACUUCUUCAUUCUUGCCCAUAAUACUAUUUUUUUAAAUAUAUAAUUAUUGGUCUAUCAUUUGGCUGAAAAAAUCAAAAUAAUCUAUUUUCUUCACAAUUGGACUGAUAUAGUACAAUUAUUACAUACAAUCUUAGCUCUUAAGAGACUCAAUUUGUCAGUUAUGAUCAGCCAAUACAUUAAUGUAGUACAUGAGAUAUUAUGUAGUAUUGUCUGACAUAUUGUAAAAAGUGCUGCUAAGUUGUCACAGUAAACAAGUCAUUCAGGGGAAAAUGUGUUAUUUUCUUACAAAAAAAAAUAUGUGUAUAUAUAGCCGACGAGUCGGGUGUCUAUUUAUACCCAACCAUCAAAAUUACAUACACACAUGUGCGGGAGCAUAAAAAAUGACCACGAUGAAGUAAUUGUUAUCAAUGGCAGAAGUGGUCAUGGAAAAUUUUAUAACCAAUACUAAUUCAGUUUUUGGCUUAGGCCAUGUUACAAACAUCAUGAAGUUUCAUAAAACAUAUUUCGAAACUUUCCUUGGACUGCAAGAGUUUAUCAUUUAUGGUGAAGGCCCGUUGCCUAUACAGUAUCGUCAUUAUAUUGCAAUUAUGGCUUCCGGUCGUCAUAAAUGUACAUAUCUUAUAAACUUUCAUAAAAAGCAAUUUUUAGAACAUGAUGGUGAUCCUAACUGGUUAAAUGGUCUCUCUCAUGUUCCUCGAAAACUUCGAAAUUUGUAUGAAAUAAAUAAAAUUUUGGCCCAUCGACCAUGGCUCAUUACCAAGGAAGAUAUAAAAAAAGUAGUGAAAGGUCCUAACUCGUGGUCUAUGUCAGAUUUGGCUCAUGCUGUUAUACUACUUGUACAUUUUCAUAGUUUAUGUAGUUUUGUAUUCGCGUGCAACUUAAACGAUGAAAUACCACGAGCUCCAAAAGUAGCUAAUUAUAGACGUACCAGCAAGACAUGCUUUCAGGAUUGUACUGAUGAAAAGCUCUCUGAUGAUGAAGGUUUAGAACCAAUUAUGGAAAGAAUGAAGAAGUUAAGCGAAGUGUUGCCAGCUUCAGAACAAGAACGUAUACAACGCUUUGAACUCUUACAAAGUCAAUUAUGUGACAGUGAUACUUCUGCUGAUAAUAGUUUAGAACCAACUCUUAAACCUUUUGUUGAAGAUUCUGGAUAUUCUUAUUUAGAUUGUUCACGAAGGCAAUAUGCUCAACAAUCGUUGUUUAUACUACAGGAAUUUUCUUGGGACCAUCAUGGGUUUUCAUUAAUAAAUCGAUUGUUCAAUGAUAUCGGGUUAUUGCUGGAUAAAAAAUUCAAGACUGCUUAUAACAUGACAUACUAUACAAUGGGAGGUCGUCAUGAUAUAGAUACAACAAGAUUUCGCAGAGCAAUUUGGAAUUAUAUUUAUUGCAUUUAUGGAAUGAGGAACGAUGAUUAUGACUAUGAAGAAGUUACACAAUUGCUUACAAACCCGUUAAGAGUUUUCGUCAAAACGGCUGCAUGUUAUCCCGAAAGAUUAAAUAUUAUUCCCUCAGAAAACGCUCUAAAGCACUUUGAAUUGAGUGAAAAAAUUCACAUAAAUCUUAUGAUAAUGGAAGCACGGAUGCAAUCUGAAUUGUUAUUCGCAUUACGAGCAAUCAUGAAUUAUAUGCUAUAAAUAAUAGGCAAUUAUGUUAUUAUUUUAUUUUUUAAUUGUUAUAAUUUUUUUUUAACGUGUAUACAAUUGUUGGUUAUACGAUUUUUGUUUUUAAACUUAUAUGGUAUAUUUUUUUUUCACUUAACUGUUUUGUCAACUCAACUCAAACUAUCAAGUGUUCAACAUAUUUUCUAGUUUAUAAAUAUUUAUUAUUAUUGUUGAUUUUAUUUAUGAUUUUUAACUGUGAUUAUUUUCCAGUUUUAUUGUGAUAAACCUGAACUAUUGUUAAUGUUGUACCUUUUUUUUUUUUGUGUGUGUAAAAUGACUAACAUUUUAAAUUCUAUGUUAUUGUUAAUGAGAUUUUGACUAUUAAAACACUUAUUUUUGUACUAUUUUAAUUUUAGAAUUUAAAUGUAUAGUUUAGUUUUAUUGUUUUU